AUGCCGCUCUUAGUGGUUACACGGAUAUCCACGUUCUCUAUACUUUUUAUCAGAAGAACUUUCUUUUCUGUUCACUGUGAUGUUUUGAUAGUUCUAAAAUUCAAGUUCCCAAGUUUCUCAUUCUUUGUUGAUAUGGACACGAUUGAUGUCAGCAAUCUGAAUCGUCAGUUUCUUUUCCGUCGUGAGCAUGUCGGAAGAUCCAAGGCGGAAGUUGCCGCGGAAGCAGUUCAUCAGCUUUGUCCUUCUAAUUAUUUUUUUUUUCAUUUCGAACUGUCAUUCAAAGUAAGGCAUUUUAGUACGAAAUUCAGCAUACAGUUCUUUCAACAGUUCUCUUUGGUGAUGAAUGCGUUGGAUAACCGAGAAUGUGCCACGCAGCAAAAGUUCCGCUCAUCGAAAGUGGAUCCGCAGGUGAAACCAAUUGUGCGCGACCUCACAGCUUGUUAUGAGUGUGAUCCGCGGCCAGAACAAGAGAAGACAUACCCAGGCUGUACGAUUCGAAACACUCCGAGCGAACAUAUUCAUUGCACUUCAGCCUAUUGUGCGUGUAUUCAUACAUUUUGUUUAAGUCAACUAUUCGGUGUGCUCGAUGUUGAUGCCGAGAUCUCUCCUGAUUUUACCGACAAAGGAGUUGGUGCUGUUGUCAUCAGCAAUGUCGAUGGUGUUGGAGUUGGUCCUAUGGAGGAAGGACAGGAAGAAAGUAAAACUAAUGGCGUUGCAUCAUCUAAUGAUAAAAGCAUGACAUUCGAGAAACAGAUGAGUACGCGUGAAUGGGCUGAAACUGUGAAAUAUGAUCCAGAGAAGAUUUUUGACAAGUUGUUUCAUACUGAUAUCAGCUAUUUGUUGCGGUUGAAAGGUCUGUGGUGCGAACGACGUCCACCUGUUCCAAUCCGAAAAGCUGAUAUCGUGACGGCUUGUGCUUCUUCAUCUACAUCAAAUGUAUCAACCUCCACGUUUGAUGAUAUGAAUAAGGUGUGGUCAUUGGCGGAGUGUGCGGAAAUAUUUUGCGAAUGUGUCGUUGCUUUAAGCCGACGUAAGAAUGACGAGAAUACAGUUCUCCAUUGGGAUAAAGAUGACGAAGUUGCUAUGCGGUUCGUGGCUGCGUCCGCCAAUAUACGUGCAAGCAUUUUUGGGAUUCCUUGUAAAUCACUGUUUGAAAUCAAAUGUAAGUUUUGUUUUCUCAUUUGUCACUCUGGUUUGAAAGUCAUACAUCGAGCUUAUUCUUUUAUUUUUUCCUGCCUUAAUUCCUUGCGACUGGUUUUUUCGCUGUCCUUUUUUAUGAACGAAGUUUACCUUUCAGCAAUGGCUGGGAAUAUUGUUCCUGCUAUUGCGACUACGAACGCAAUAGUUGCUGGUAUGGUUGUGGUCGAAGCGGCAAAAAUAAUCGCAGGAAAUUUUGAUAAACUUCGUUGUGUUUUUACAGUGAGCGCACCAAAUGCGAGAGGAAAGUCUGUCACAGUGAAAUGCCAAAGUUUCUUUUUUACCAUUUCGAAACCUCAUGCCAACCAUUUUUCAUAUUUAUUAUUGAUUCUUCCACAGAUUUUGGUGGAUCAUCCUCCAUUCCCAUCCAAACCGAGUUGUUUUGUUUGUUCGGAUAAACGCGAAUGUUUUGUUCGAGUGAAUCUUGAACAGAUGACUGUCAAAGCUCUACAGGAUAAGAUUUUAAAAGGAGCACUGAACAUGGUUGAACCUGAUGUUAUUGACGUGACAACAUCUCGCGUAAUUAUAAGCAGUGACGAAGAUGAAACUUCUGAUAUUGAAUCGAAAACAUUGUCUGAGCUUUCGCUUAGAAAUGGCUCGGUGUUGCUUUGUGACGAUUUUCGUCAACAACUUGAAUUCAAGUUCAUCCUAAGCGAGUGCAAACUAAAAGAAGACACUGAAGAAGAAACUCGAAAGAGGAAGAGCGACGCUGCUGCUCAUCUGCAAGAUGGAGAGACUGCAGCUAAACGUGUUAAACUAUAA